AUGAUGGAGACAUUCUCCCCGCAGAAAGAGGAGAACGAAGUGGUCGGCCGCCGCAUCAUCGAAGACAUCCGAUGCCGAAUCCUGCAAUGGAAUGACUGGGUGACCGGUAUUGAGGGGCGGUUUGGGUCCGGCAAGUCCGUGGCUGUCGAAGAAGCGCUCCGUGGCAGGCAGGGUGUCUACGUCCACAAUGUUUGGGACAAAGAUUGGGAGAAUCAGCUCUGCUGUGACCUGGGCCUGGACCACGAAUUCAUGCUGCAGGAUGUCCUGCGUCUGGUCAAAAAGCGGAACCAGGGGUCAACCCCUAUCCUCGUCUUGAAAAUUCGAACGACGGAAGACGUGAACCUUAACUUCAUCGGCAAGGAAUUCUCGUGCGACAGCAAACUGGCCCACGCCGGGGUUUCUAUCAUAUGCGCCUUCUCGGACGCCAUGGAAAUCGCUUUCGGCACCGAAAUGAUUCGUAUGGACACCUUUCGGGUAGGCGAUUUGACCAGAGACGAGGCCAAGGAAUUGCUGAACCUCCACGGGCUCCAGGACAAAACGGACGAAUUCCUUGAAGCAUGCCCCUUGGCUGCAUUGUUUGGUUUGUUUUGUCGUGAGACGCAUCCUGCGCUGAGUGGGCCGCUACAACGCGAAGGUGCAUCGGAGCUCUGCACCCAUGCAGCGGGGAGGGAUGUGGCCAGGUGGCUCCGGGAGAAGCAUUCUCACCCAGUGAUCUGGGAACCGAAGAACCGGGGUUACCAGUUCGCAUCGGAGCUGCACGCGAAAGUAGCAGCCGAGAUUUUGAACAGCAGCUCCCAGUCGACGCCAUAA